CUCUGACGAUUGGCGGUGACGUAAUCCAAAGAGUUGGGAGGGGAGUGUCGCACGUAUGAGGCUGUCGGUUCGUCGCGUUCCGCUGCGGUUCGCUGUUCUUAAGGAGCACAUGUAGGCCGCUUCGAACGAGUUUUAUGAGGUGAAAAUCGAGAGAAAGACUUUUCCUUUUCCAGCGGGCCCAGCUGGACAUAGAGGAACCGCUUCUGUGUACAAACGAAGCAAGUUAGUAAGUAGGUGUCUUAUCGUCCGUCCGCCUGAGCUGAGGCUGCUGAGGCUCCAUGGAGCGAGACUCGAGGACAGUAGCUGCGCUCAGGGCUCUCGGGUACCCUGGCAAUGUGUGUCUGAAGAGAUGUGGCUGUGAAGAACUUCCUUGUCCCCUCGUUACCUGGCUGGUGUGGGAACACAGGACCUCUUGUCCAGAGAUACGGGACAGUUACACCAGUAGUGCUGGAUCCUCUUGUUCAAGUUCAGCGGUCGGUGCGGUUCUGGUCGGGGAGCUGCGGGACCUGUUGGCUGAGCUGCGCUGUCCCUUCCCAGGCUUGGACACAGAGACAUUGAACUUAGCGCUGCUGGACAGACUAACCGAGUUUCUGAUCUCAGAACUGGAAGCGGUGAGAAUAUUACAGUACCGGAAUGCCCAUCCUGAGGAGGCAGAGAGGGCCGACGGAACCGAGAAAGAGCAGAGAGCGGGAUGGGUCGAGGAGCUGCAGGCCGAGGGAAGCCGAGAACUCGGAAGGGCAAGAAUAGAUGAAGGAAAGGGAGAGCGAGAAGAGCUGGAGAAAGAGUGGAAGCUGCUUCUUGGAGCCCUUGAUAUGGAUGCUUCCUCCAGGCUGAGUGAUGUCACUGAACAGGUGGAGUCACGCUUGGCCUUGCUGCCCAGCGGUCACUUACCAGGCCCCCUCCUGAAGACCAGUUUGAGUUCUGAGCAGUGGUCCCGCCUCCAGCAGAUCAGCCAUUCGCUUACCGGAGAUUAUGAAUGUCGAAGAGACAUGCUGGUCAAGCGCUUCCAGGUCACACUUCAGUCUUUCACAUGGGGAGACAAAGGUCAGGAACGCAGUAUGAUGCUCUCAGCGAUGACUCCGCCCUCCCCAUUUUCCACUCAUUCACGUGUCUCUAUGUCCCUCAUCCUGGCGGCCAGAGAGGACCAGUCGUACAUUCUUCCCGUGAAAGCAGGGCGCAGCACCACGGUCCACAAGGUGUUGAUGGGGAGCGUCCCGGAUAGGGGAGGGCGUCCGGGGGAGAUCGAGCCGCCUAUGCCCAUGUGGGAGGACCGCAGGGAAGGAGGAGCGCGGAGCCACGGUCGAAGGCAGCAGCGUCACUGGGGCUCGGGGAAGAAGAGCAAAAACAAGAAGAAGCAAUGAGGAGACCACAAAUGGUCUGCAGAACCAAAGAAAGCAGGAGAAGGUGGUUGGAGAAUGAGGAAAGAAGCAGAGAAGAUGAAGCUGGUGGAGAGCAGUGACUGGAAGUGCAGCUCUUACACCACAGUAAGUUCAUAAAGUGUCAUUUUGAUGCUUCUUAUGAGGAUCCCACACUGAUGGGACUGAACUUUCGUACAAAGGAACUACAAAGAAGCAGGAAAAAUAUUUUCAUAUAACUUUAAUUUCAAGUUAUUUUAUAAUAAU